CAAAGCAAUAAAGUAAUUUCCAGCAGAGACGACUGAGUCAGUUACUGUCUUUCUUUUCCAUCUCUCUCUCUCUCUCUCUCUCUGCAUGAAACAGAGUACUCUGCUUCACAUUAUACCGUUACAAUGAAGUACAUAAGAGCCAACAGCUUGAAAAGGCUUUUCUCAUUGAAAAGAAGCAGUCUUCAAGAUAUAGUUUUCACCAAUGAAGAAGAAAAAAACAAUGAAAACUCCAAGGUUGUUCAAGAGCAAGAACAUUCUCCAAGGCCCUCUUGGAAAUGCUUCUCUUUUGAAGAAAUAUUCGAUGCCACCAAUGGCUUUAGACCAGAAAAUUUGGUGGGGAAAGGAGGGUAUGCAGAGGUAUACAAAGGAGUGUUAGGUGAUGGAGAGGAGAUUGCAAUUAAGAGGCUAACAAAAGCUUGUAGGGAUGAGAGGAAAGAGAAGGAGUUCUUGUCAGAGAUUGGGACAAUUGGUCAUGUCUGCCAUGCUAAUGUGAUGUCCUUGUUGGGUUGUUGCACUGACAAUGGGCUUUAUCUCAUCUUUCAUUUCUCCUCCAGAGGCUCUGUUUCUUCCCUUCUUCAUGAUGAGAAUUUUCCAGUGUUAGAUUGGAAAAUAAGGUACAAGAUUGCCAUUGGAACUGCUAGAGGGCUCCAUUACUUGCACAAGGGGUGUCAAAGAAGGAUAAUUCACCGAGACAUUAAAUCUUCAAAUAUUCUUCUGACAGCUGACUUUGAACCAUUGAUAUCUGAUUUUGGAUUGGCAAAAUGGCUUCCAUCUGAAUGGACUCACCAUUCAAUCGCUCCGAUUGAAGGAACCUUUGGGCACUUGGCACCUGAGUACUACAUGCAUGGAAUAGUGGAUGAAAAAACAGAUGUGUUUGCAUUUGGAGUCUUUCUACUGGAGAUCAUUUCUGGCAGGAAACCAGUUGAUGGUUCUCACCAAAGCAUUCAUAACUGGGCUAAACCAAUAUUGAGCAGAGGAGAGAUUGAAAAGCUGGUGGAUCCAAGGCUUGGAGGGAUCUAUGAUAUUACACAGCUGAAAAGACUUGGCUUUGCCGCAUCCCUUUGCAUCCGGGCAUCUUCAGCAUGGCGCCCUACCAUGAGUGAGCAGGUACUGGAAGUAAUGCUAGGAGAGGAGGAGAUGGAUGAAGAAAGGUGGGAGAUGCCCAAGGAAGAAGAGCAUGAAGAAUUCUGGGGUUUUGAAGAUCUAGAAUAUGAAUGUCACAGUUCCUUCUCAAUUUCUCCACAAGAUUCAAUCUCUACAAGAAGUACUACGACCAUUAUACAUUAGGUGCUCGAGUCAAUAUCCUAACCACCACUUUUGUCGACAUGUAAAUACAUUAUGUACGUGCGAUACUCAACUAUUAAUGAUGAAUACGUAAAUCUAA